AUGGUAUCAUAAUUUAUUCGUGCAAAAUCAAUUUAAUAAUAAAUAAAAAUCUUAAGCUAAGAAAUCCAAAAAUUAGAUAAUAUUAAUAAUAUUACCAAUGAAUAAAAGUAGUAUUAUAAAGAUUUAUAUUAAUAAUAAUUAUUUGUAAAAUUAAAAGAAUAAGGUGAAACCAAAUCAAUUCCUCAUGUAAGAUAGAAUAUUGAAGCUUCAAAUUAUGAAUUGAUGCUUUAUGUUUUAAAAGAAUAACUUUUAAGAGAUUAAAAUAGGGAAUUAUUAAUAACUACCAAAUAGUAUUCAAUUGGAUUUAGCUCAAUUGCAGGAGCAUUUGCCUAAGAUUAAUAUUAUCUCAAAGUUAGGAACACAAAUCUUGACUUCGAUAAAAUUGUAAAUGAUAAGCAAUUAUUAAAACAGCAUUUAUUAGAAUUUAAGAAAAAACUAUCAAACUCACUUAAUAUUACUUCUGAUUAAGUUGAAAUUUUAGGAGUAUCUAAAGGAAGCUUUGAGAUUUAUUUUAAGAUUCAAGGAAAUAAUACAGAUGUUAUUUAAUAACAAAUAUAAAAUAAUAUGUAUGCUUAAAAAUUUUUGCAAGAAUAUUCUAAUGGAAAAAUUGAAUAUUUACAAUAUUUUUUGAUUAGUGCUCAUAAUAGAAGGGAUUGACUCUUUCUACAAAUGAUUUUAAUCCUUUAUACAAUAAGAGUUGGGAUGGUUAUAAUGAGAAAGUAGUGAGAGGAUCUUCUUUUCAUAAAUAUGAUUAUUAUUAUCCAAAAGGUUGCUAGGGAUUUUGAUUAAACGUAAAUAAAUAUGGAAAUUAAGAUUGGUUAUAAAAAGAUGGUAAUCCUAAUGAAUGGA